CAGUAGAAAAAGAGAGUAGCAAAAGCCUAAAGAACCUUCUUUUUCUUCUUCUUCUUCUUCAAACUCAUCUUCUCUGUGUUUUUUGGCACUCAAAAAAAAAAAAAUCGUCUGGUGAGAAACUAGAAGCGACCCUUUUGAUGUCUAUGCCCUUAGAGCAUGAUUACAUAGGCUUAUCAGAGAGUAUUCCAGUUCCUUCAAUGGAAACCAGCUCCAAAAUAAACAACCACAAAAACAAAAAUGGUUUGAAUCUGAAAGCGACGGAGCUGAGGCUGGGCUUGCCGGGGUCCGAAUCCCCAGAACGAGACGACGACGCGGACGACGUCGCUGGGGGACUGAAGAUCAGCUUGGUCUCGGCCGGGGCCAAGAGGGUCUUCUCCGACGCCAUUGAUGGAGCUUCUGGGAACUGGGUUUUCUCUUCUGGAUCUUCCGACUCGCCAGCCAACUUGUUCUCUCCAAAAUCUGUGAAUAAUGCUGGGUCUGAUCAGUGUAAGAAUCAGACGACGAGUGCCAAAGAUGGGGUUUCGGUUCCGCCUCAGUCUCCAAAGCCAUUGCAUGACAAGAUUAGCAAGCCUCAGGCUUCUGCCCCUGCUUCUAAGGCACAAGUUGUGGGAUGGCCACCAAUCCGGUCUUUUCGGAAGAAUUCGAUGGCUCCUCAACCUCCGAAAACCGAAGAUGAUGCCGAAGGCAACGCGGGAUCGGGCUGUCUUUAUGUUAAGGUCAGCAUGGAUGGUGCACCAUACCUGAGGAAGGUUGAUCUCAAAACUUAUGGCAGCUACAUGGAACUAUCUUCAGCUCUGGAAAAAAAGUUUAGCUGCUUUACAAUUGGUCAAUGCGGCUCAAAUGCAGUUUCGAGCCGAGAUGGAUUAAGCAAGAGCCGGUUAAUGGAUCUCCUUCAUGGUUCUGAAUUCGUGCUCACCUAUGAAGAUAAGGAUGGUGAUUGGAUGCUAGUUGGUGAUGUUCCUUGGGAGAUGUUUACCGAGUCUUGCAAGAGGCUGAGGAUAAUGAAGAGUUCAGAUGCUAUUGGUCUUGCCCCAAGGGCCAUGGAAAAGUGCAAAAAUCGUACCUAGUUAGUGAAAAACGCCAUGGAUGGACCUAAAUGCAUAAAAGCUUCUAUGGGGGGGUCUUCAAAUCAGGCCAUUCUGUUUCCCCUAUUCAUGUAUGCUUCUAGAUAUUGAAUAUUUUGUGUAAGUGUAACAAAAAGAAACCAUUCCAGUAGGUGGGCUAUGUAAUUUUGAAGUUUUCCCAGUAUGUUUGAAAAUUUAUCACUCUCCUCCUCUAUGUACUCUAAUUGCUGUCUGCUUAAAAGAUACAUGAUUACAUAUAUGUAAAUGGUUUGUUUGCCUUA